AAGUAAGACUGUUAAGAGAUGCAUAGCCAGGCAGUUAAAUAUCCCGUAUACUUGCUUAAUGAUUAUAAUACGAGAUUGCUUAAGUUCAGUUUUAUUGUACUUAAUUACAUUACACUAAGAAAACCUCUUCAAAAAAUAUAGAAUGGUAUGCAUGUUGUUGUUCCUGCUUCUGCUAGAAUCAUUCCUAUGGCUAGCUGCAGGCGGUAAUAUGCCUAGUAUUUCAUUGCCUAACUGUCCAGAUCACUGUGGUAAUGUCCGAAUUCCACACCCUUUUGGAAUUGGGCCUAAUUGCUGCCGUGACAAAGGGUACGAGAUCAUUUGUAAUGGAUCUGCUCAUUCUCCAAAACUGUUCUUGCGUCAAUACAAUGUCGAGGUGCUGGAAAUUAAUUGGCCUGGAAUGUACUCUCGUGUAGACAAAAGAUGGGAUGGCCUGGUAGCAGACAGACAAAGACUAAAAAUUAAUGUUCCCCUUAGAAGCUUUUGUGGAACUAACACAGCUGAGGUACAUGCAAACGCUACUUCAGUAGUUAAAAGCAUUGACUUCCACGGGAGUCCAUACCGUUUUUCUAGGUGGUUGAAUGUGUUUAUGGUGGAGGGUUGUGGCAGAAGUGUUGUUUUGCAGAAAAGGAGCGGAGAAAAUUUGACUGGUUGUGCUGCACUUUGUGCCAACGAAGGUGCAAGCAUGAACACAAGUAAUUGUUAUGGAGUUGGAUGUUGCCAAGCCUCACUCUUGUCAUCAGGUAACUUCGUUGAUAAGGGGAAGGGCUUAGAUUUUUAUCAGAUGAUUCUUGAUCAGACUGGACUAUCUAAUUUCAGCACCUGCAAUGUGUCAGCAGCCUUGAUCGAGACUGGCUCGGUGAAGAAGUUGUCCGGAAAACUAUUAAAUUUGAAAGAAUUUCCUGCAGUUUUAGAAUGGAAAUUUAGUGACAUAUUUCAACAAGAACAGUGGGUGGGGACAAAAGACAAUGUCACUUGUUAUUUUGAUGAAUUUAAUGGUGUACUGUGUCAUUGUAAUUUUCCUUAUGAAGGAAAUGCCUAUCGCCCCUUAGGUUGCCAAGUUGUGAAAGAAUGUCGUAAGUGCAGAAGUCGUUGUACUUUGGGCUAUACAAAUCUCCCAGGUCCUUACGCCUAUUUUUCCUGUGAAAAAAAUGAAACGUUGAAGCUAGCUUUGAUUCUUGCAUUCAGCAUAGGCGUGGGAUUAGUUCUUUUGGUCUUAGGUUGCUACUGGCUUUAUAAAUUCAUUAAGAAGAAAAAAGAGAUGAAACAGAAAGCUAAAUACUUCAAGAUAAAUGGUGGUUUGUUACUACAACAACAAUUGUCUUCCGAAGAUGGUGUUGUUGAGAACACUAAAAUUUUUGCUAUAACUGAGCUGGAGAAAGCCACUGACGGUUUCAAUGAAAACAGAAUACUUGGCCAAGGAGGUCAAGGUACGGUCUACAAAGGUAUGUUACUAGAUGGAAGAAUUGUGGCCGUAAAGAAAUCUAAAAAGGUAGAUGAGAGCCAAUUGGAACAAUUUAUUAAUGAAGUGGUUAUCCUUUCUCAAAUCAAUCACCGAAAUGUGGUCAAAUUGAUAGGCUGCUGUUUGGAGACUGAGGUCCCUUUGCUUGUCUAUGAGUUCAUCCAUAAUGGAACGCUAUAUCAGCAUUUACAUAAUGCUACCGAAGAUUUUCAUGUCUCUUGGAAAAUGCGCUUGCAAAUUGCAGCAGAAUCAGCAGGUGCUCUAGCAUACCUGCAUUCAUCUUCAUCUGCUCCUAUUUAUCACAGAGACAUCAAAUCAUCCAAUAUACUUUUGGAUGAAAAAUUCAGAGCAAAGGUUUCAGAUUUUGGGACUUCAAGAGCUAUUACCAUUGAGCAAACUCAUGUGACUACCUGUGUUCUAGGCACAUAUGGUUAUUUGGACCCAGAGUACUUUCAAUCAAAUCAGUUUACUGAGAAAAGCGAUGUAUACAGCUUUGGUGUAGUCCUGGUUGAGCUUAUCACUGGCAAGAAACCAAUCUGCCCAACCAAAGAGGGAGGAUGGAUUAGCUUGGCUGUUGAAUUUCUUUCCCACAUGGAAAGUUCUAGUCUCUCCGAAAUUCUGGAUGCUCGAGUUGUAGAUGAGUGUAAGGAAGAGGAGUUUGUGGCUGUUGCUAACCUAGCAAGACAAUGCCUAGAAAUGAAAGGGAAGCAACGGCCUACUAUGAAAGAAAUUUCAGUUUUACUAGAUGGUAUCAGGUCGCACCACCCCCUUCAUUUCAAAGGACCAAUUCCGCCAGAAAGCAAGUAUGUGGUUACAGAAAUGGUUAGCACCCAUAGCGGUCCUUUCAGUAUAGACAUGCUCUCUUCAGAUGAUGGUCCCUCUACUUCCAUGGAAGUCCAACCACUUAUUGUCAACAUCUGACAGUUUUACGGUACUUUCUGGAGACUUUUUCUGUAGUAAUUAUACAAAAUUGUAGCUUAUUACAUCUGUGUGUUAAACUGGAAGUUUGUUAGAUACUGUGUUUACCUUCUUGUAUUAGGAGCUGCCUUCUCGACCACUUGUCUAAUUGUAUAAUAAUUGUGCUGCUUCAGAAGCAAAUAUUUGGCUUUAUCCCUUUUGUUGGAAGGAAGCUUAAUUGUAAUCAUGGUUAUUUGAAUUUCUUAUAGAAAACAUUUUUAGUUCA